UGGUUUGCAGGGGCGCUUAAACGUCUCGGCCGGUUUUCAACUCUGCGUCAGUCCGCUGCGGGAGCCGAGCGCUGCCUAUUAGCUGAGGUUCCCUCUUCGCCAGGCACCAUGUUCCUGACCGCUCUCCUGCGCGGUACCCGGGUUCCCGGGAAGCAGUGGAUCGGGAAGCACCGCAGGCCGCGGAAGGUGACCUGGGGGAUGAAGCAGGGCAUGAUUCGGAGGCUGGAGAUCGAGGCGGAGAACGAGUACUGGCUGAGCAUGCCGUACAUGACCCGGGAGCAGGAGUUCAACCAUUCCCUCGCCCGCAGGCGAGAGAACUUCGAGGCCAUCAAGCUGGCGCAGGCAUCCAAGUUCCCCCCGCACAGGUUCUUCGAGGAUCAGCUCAGCCAUCUGAACAUCUCCAAGAAGUGGUCCUGAGCCGCCGCCCCCUGCCCCCUGCCCCCUGCCCCGGACCCGCAGACUCGGAGCCGCGCGGAGGAAGCCUCUUGACAUGCGCACAGGCCUCCUGUGGAAGGGCGGGCCUCUCCUUGGGACCCCAGACCCGGUAGCUUGAGUCUGUAAGAGGAGGAGGCGACUCUUAGGAGGUUACCCGAACCGCAGGGAGGCCGAAGUCGAAAUGUUCUGGAGGGAAGAGUCAAUAAAGCUACAAACUAUU